CCACCCCCAAUUCAGCUGCUCCGCCGCCAGCUGGACCUCCGUGCCGCGCCGGAUUGGCGAGGACGCCUCUCCAUUAAAGCGGGCCCAGCCAGUCGCCGGCCUCUCCCCCCCCACCGCCGCCUGUUCCCGCUGGGCGUGCGAGCGCUUGUGGCGAGGAGGAGGAAGAGAAGCGCUCGCGGUGGGAGGAGGCUCCGCGGGUGUCAGAGGGGUGGCGAGCGCUUGGCGGCUCCUGAGGUGGGGGGGUCGAGCCUCCGCCUGAGGGCAUCGCCGGACAGCCGCUUCCCGCGGCUCAGAGGGUCCGCAGCUCUCCCCGCUCCUGCUCGGCCUCCUCGAUGCGCGGAGGCAGGAGGCGGCGGCGGCGGCCACGACGCGGGUUUCGUUCGCUGCCUGCGCGCUCCGGCCGGCCAGCAGCCGAGCCAGCAAGCCAGCAAUCGGCCGGCUGCCGCCUCUAACUAAUCUUGCCUGCCCGCGCCCGGCUCGGCUCGGCGCCUUCGCCCGACCGCGCUGCCCCUUUGCCUUUCUCUCCCGCCUCUCCCGGCCGACGGUGCUCGCGAGUAAAACUGUCUUCAUGAGCCCCGAGGAUGUCCGGAAAGCAUUAUAAAGGCCCCGAAGUGAGCUGCUGCAUUAAGUAUUUCAUCUUUGGCUUCAACGUCAUCUUCUGGUUCCUGGGCAUAGCAUUUCUUGGAAUUGGACUUUGGGCAUGGAAUGAAAAAGGAGUCCUGUCCAACAUCUCUUCCAUUACUGACCUGGGUGGCUUUGAUCCAGUUUGGCUCUUCCUUGUGGUUGGAGGAGUGAUGUUCAUAUUGGGCUUUGCAGGAUGCAUCGGUGCUCUACGGGAGAAUACUUUUCUUCUCAAGUUUUUCUCAGUCUUCCUUGGAAUAAUCUUCUUCCUGGAACUCACAGCGGGAGUUCUGGCAUUUGUUUUCAAAGACUGGAUCAAAGACCAGCUGUAUUUCUUUAUCAACAACAAUAUCCGAGCAUACAGAGAUGACAUUGAUUUGCAAAAUCUCAUAGACUUUACCCAAGAAUAUUGGCAGUGCUGUGGGGCCUUUGGUGCUGAUGACUGGAACCUCAACAUUUACUUCAACUGCACAGACUCCAAUGCUAGUCGAGAACGGUGUGGAGUACCUUUCUCUUGCUGCACUAAAGAUCCUGCUGAAGAUGUCAUUAAUACUCAGUGUGGUUAUGAUGCCCGACAAAAACCAGAAGUUGAUCAACAGAUUGUUAUUUACACAAAAGGUUGCGUCCCACAGUUUGAAAAAUGGCUGCAGGAUAACUUAACCAUAGUGGCCGGCAUAUUCAUUGGAAUUGCAUUAUUACAGAUAUUUGGUAUAUGCUUGGCUCAAAACUUGGUUAGUGAUAUUGAAGCUGUCCGAGCCAGCUGGUAAAACUCUUUAACGUAAGCUACGCAAGACUUGGUGGGGUAACCACAGUUCUCAGAAGACUCCAUGUGGCCCACAUGGACUCAAACCUGUGUGAAAAUGGGGAACAGAGAAGUUUUCAGUUCUCAACUGAUUAGAACAGCAUCACACCUUUGUUUAUUCCAGAACGAGCAGCUCCAGCCACCUAGGUGUGAUGAAUGCUAUUAAAACCGCCAGUCUAAAAUGUACUGAGCCAUGAAUCUCUACUGUAUCCUUGACUGAGUGAACUGGAGGAUAUUUCUUCCAUUUCACGUGGUGUGUGUGUGUGUGUGUGUGUGUGUGGCAAGUGGUCUGUGUCAAUGGAACCUCAGUAGAUGCGUCCUUUUGUUUUAUGUGUUGCAGCAGACCCUCAAUGAGGCAAUUUUCAUUUGCCAUUAAAGAAGUGACCAGGAGACCUAAUGUUUCUUUGGAAAGAAAUCCCACGAAGAGGCAACUACUUAUCUACUUCUCACAUGCUUUGUUUUCUGGCAAAAAAAGCAUCACUCUUCCACAGGAAAUUCAGUCUCUGUUCUAUUACGUCCUCUGUUGAAUAACAACAGCUUUAAUUGUUUUCCAGCCUCUUGCAAUCUUUAUUUCAUUGGACUGUGGAAUCAGCAAACUUCAGGAAAGACCUAAAAUAGAGAUAAUUCUCCAUCUGUACUAGUCGCUAGCAAUAUGUAAAUGAAGAGAUGAAAGUAUUCAUGCUUGAUGGUUUGAUGAUGAGGUUGACAAAUGUGAUGAACUUAGAAGCAGAAACAAGCACAGUGUAUUCAGUUUCUUGGAUAAAAUGAAUUGUAAAGAAACAAAUCUGUUUGGAAUAGUUUUUGAUAUCUUUACUUCAUGUAGUAGAGCAAAUGCUUUUUGUCACAUUAUAACCCUUCCUAAGGAUAUCUUCUUAUGCCCUCUUCAUAGAGUUGGCAUAAACAUUUUAAAAUUGCUACUCCUUUUUGAUUUGCUCGAUUUGAGUGGGCUUCCAAGUUCAAACAAACGUGAAUGAAAUGCUGACCAAUUUGCAAGCUUUGGUUUGUGUUUUGUGCUGCCUUCAUUACCACUUGGUUGCCAUUGCAUUGCAUUUCCUUUUCUGUCUAGUUAAAAUAGAAUCCUGAAUGAAAUAUGUAUCUCUCCCUCAUUUUUCAAGCAGGAGCAACAUUUGAACAGCAAUAGUGUGUGUGCUUGUGUAUUCAAUGAGAGCAAUUGUGAGUCAUUUUCUGUAAAUGUGUGAGCAUCUAGGUUUUUUUUUAUCAGGGGUGUUCAAUCUUGGCAACUUCACGAGUUGUGGACUUCAACUCCCAGAAUUCCUAGCCAGCUCUGGCUGGGGAAUUCUGGGAGUUGAAGUCCACAAGUUUUGAAAUGGCCAAAGUUGGACACCUCUGUUUUAGGUGUAUAUGUAUAUUUAAGUACAAUGGGAAAGAAAAUUCUGCCGCUUCUGUGAAAAACAAACUGAAUUUGGCUGUCAAGGAUAUGAAUUUGGCAGUGGAGAAAUGACAAUCCUUUCAAAUUUGGCGGUGACUUAAAAUUAUUGUUAAAUGAAGUAGAACAUGGAAAAGAUAAAUAUUUGGGUUCUACUAGUGUGCAGUAGCUAUUUAGAAACAUUAACUUUCCCAGCCCGGUGUCACCAGAAGUGUUAGGGAUACAACUCCAAGAAUUCACAGCUAGCAUUGAUAGGCACCAGGUGGAGAAUGUUGCCCUAAUUUGAGAAGGAAGAGAAGUAAAUGCAUGAAUGUCUUGUUCAACACUCCAGUUUUGUACACAGGGCUAAACAUUCUAACUGCAUCUGGUAUGACUUCACACAAUCUUUUGACUAGGUAACGGAGUUCUGAUCAGGCUUCCAGAAUGGGUAACUGAGGUUCAUUUACACAUGCAGAGCUCUGCAAGUUAUAUUUGUGUCAGUCUUCAGUGAAUAGAUUCUCUUAGUUUUUACUCGGUGAAUUGCUUAAGUGAAGGAAACAAACAAUGCAUACAAAACAUACAGUGGAUGAAAAUUGAAUGAAUUCUUAUGAAUCUCUAGUACUUGAAUAGCUUAGUUGUAGUACAUUCCAGAAACCAAACAUGAAAGAUGCUGAUGUAAGAUGUACUGAAUAAACAUUCCUUCUUUUUGCUGCUGUUGUACAUUUCUGAAAAAUUUCCAUGUUUCUGCUUAGGUAUAAUAAUGCUAUAGAUGUUUAACUUGUUUUCCAUUUUUCUUUUCCUGUUUUUUUUCUUCCGUUACCAAGCUGUUUUAUAACUGAUAGAUGGUUAGACCAUCAUAUUAUAGUGAUAAGGUUUUCUUAUUAAUGAAACAAAGCUAUAUGGUUAGUCAUAUCAUUCUAUCUUUUGGUAAAAUAUGUUGAAAUAUCUUACUGACUGUACAGCAUUAAGAGGUUGUCUUCUUGGUCCCAGUGGUGAAUAAGCUUAAUAACAUUUUUAUAUAUAGAGAAAAAUGGCAAUCAUUUUGUUUGCAUACAAAGCAUGUUUAUUUCUUGGAGUCCUGCAGGAAAUCAGGAUCUCUUAUUUUUUUAAACUAGUUCCCUCCUUACUUUGUGUUGGUUGUGUCCCUUGGUGCAAAUAGAUAAUGUAAUUUUAAUUAUCAGGCAUGUAUUUGCCUUCUAUUUGCCUAUGCAUGAUUAAAAUUCACAUAUUUCUUCCAGAAUCCCACAUUUGCUUUUAAAAAAAGGGUGAGCUUGAGAGAGUUUUCAAAUAACUUUCUCUUAGCAAAGGCUCAUUCCAAAAGGUAACGGAAAACAUUUUGAAUGUGAAAUGUUUAGAGAUAUAAACAGAGUAUUAUGAUCUUACCAAAAAGGUUCAGAGCUGGAAAUGACCCCGUUUCAAGCAUGAAACAUCCUGACUAAGCAAAUUUUUUGAGCUUAAAAUAUUUUGAACUAGAAAUGUUUUACACACUUCUAACCCCCAUAGUUAAACAUUAAUCUCAGAGGUGCUCCAUCUGGCAAAUAGAAUUUAAUUAAUAAUAGGCCCUAACUAAUGUAAAGCUACAGUCUUUGCAUCAUGUAAAUUUUACAACUGUAAGGUGAAGUUUUUUGAAGUAAUAAAAUAGGUGCCAAUUAUAUGUCUAUAGAGAGUGUUGAAAUACUAUAGGUAGUCCUCAAAAUAUGACAGUAAUGUAGCUUGCCCAUUACAGUUGCAUGUCUUGGCAGUCGUUAGGUGAAACAUCUCAUCUAAUGACCUCCCAUCCCUGCUCUCCCCAAUGAAUUAUUAAAUGAAUGUGUGGGUCUUUAAGUGGAGUGGGGUGCCUCCUGGAUGAGGGAAGCCUUUGGAGACCUAGCCCAGGCCCACCUGCUGUGGCCCUCCCAAGGCCUCCCUCACGCCCAAGAUGCCCCAUGCCCCACUUCCCAUGCCUUGGGUCCCAACAGGCCUUUUCUCACUCCCACUGAGUCCUCCCAGGCCAUAGGCCUGAUUUCCCCCCAGCCCCCAUGGUUGAUUCCAUAGGCCUGAUUCCCCCCAGAUGACACGGUUGUGAAAGCUGUUGUCAUUUUCUCCUUCCCCCAAAGUGGCAGCCACAUUUGGGUCACCCCUGCAGGUUCUGGGGACAGACUGCUUCUUUUUGCUGCCUUAACAAGGCCUACACCUGUGAUGGUGAACCUGUGGCAUGCCCUCUCUGUGGGCAUGCGCGCUGUCGCCAGCUGCUCCUCUGGGUUUUGUCACAUGCAUGCACGCUGGCCUGCUGCCCUCUCCUGGGUUCAGGCAUGUGCAUGCGCGUUGGGCAGACCUGUCAGGCACGCAGGCACGAACCAGAACCUGGAAGAGAGCAGCUGGCCAGUGUGCAUGCGUGCCGGACGAGCUGGCCAGUGCACAUACAUGUGCCGGAACCCAGAAGAGCACUGGUCACCGCAUGCAUGCACACUGGCCAGCUGCUCUCUUCUGGGUUCUGUUGCUCCAGCAUGCACGUGUGGACGCGCACACAUGCGCACGCUCCAGUUUUGGCACUCAAAGGUUAGCCAUCAUUGGCCUACACCAUGCCGCAGAAGCUUUCUAUAACAUUCAGAAGCUCCUGCAAUGCAAACCUCUCUUAGGGCAGCGAAAUGAAGCGAUUUGUCUGGCAACUGCCGUUUUGUCUCCUCCUACAAAUGGGUGAAGACAAAAUGGCAGCCAUAUUUGGGGCACCACUGCGUGGCCCAAAGACAAACUGCUUUGUUCUGCUGCAUUAAGAGGGUCUGCAGAACGCCGUGGAAGUUUUCUAAAGCGUUCAGAAGCUUCCGCAGCACAGUGCAGACCUGGUUAAGGCAGCCAAAUGAAGCAGUUUGUCUGGCAGCAGCCAUUUUGACCCUGGCCACAAUUUGGAUUGCUGCCACGUGGUCGGUUGUGUCUUCCUUUCACAACGUGAGCUCCGGAGACCUUCAGAAGAUACAGUUAAGUGGGGGGCAUGGAUGGGGCCCAAGCACUGUGGGGUGGGAUGGGAGGAGAGAGAGAUGGCAGGGUGCUGCAGGGCCCCUGUGGUGGGUCAUUCAAAGUGAAUUAUUGCAGGGCUGCAAUUACUACUAUUGCAUUUGGGUUGGGAGCACCAAGCACAGGGGUGCUGCAGUCCUCGUAACUGACAUGAGCUUAUGUGUAGCCUUUUGGAGGGGGGGGCGCGGCAUGGUAACUUUGAACAUUUAUUAAACGAACGCUCUUUUAAUUAGGCGCAGAAAUUGGAUCUUUAUUUUAUUUAUGUCUUUUAAGUUUUGUAUAAUUUUUAUUCUUUUUUUAAGAUUGUAAACCACCCAAAGCUAAGAUGAGCGGCCAAUAAAAUUUACAAACAGACAUGUAACUGGCCUGUCGUACCUUGAGGACUACCUGUAUUUUGUAGCUUUCUUUGCAAAUUCAUAUUAAAUGUCAUAAAGAAAAGGCAGCACACAUAAUAAGCGUGUUUGCCAGAGGGAAUUUGCUGACCAAGCUCCACAAUAAAACAUGAUAUAUUGGUAAAUUUGGGUUAUAGUCUGAUUUCUCAAUUCAAAUAAGCUGGUCUCAAAAAGGACACACUAUAAAAUAGUGAUGGAGAAAUCAACAAACUGGAAUAAGGGCAACGGUCAUUGCCAUUAGACAAGAGGUAUCUAACCUUGGUAAUUUGUACAACAGCAGCAAUUACCUUGGUAAUUUUAAGACUUGUGGACUUCAAUUCCCAGAAUUCUGGGAGUUGAAGUCCACAGAUCUUAAAGAUCUUAAAGUUGCCAAGGUUGGAUACCACUGCACUAAAUAGAUGUACACUAUUCGUGUUUUCAGGUGCUUUUCCUCUUUGAAAGGAAAGUGUUUUUUUUUAAAGAGCAAGAGAAUGCACUAUCAAAUGAUAGCAGAGUUUUCAGAAGCUUAUUAGAGUGGGGAGAAAAAAUUUAGAGGCGUUUCCAGCAACCAGAACCAUGCAAGUAUUUGGGAACAAAAAAUGCUUGAAGGCAGCAACUCUCCAGAGUGAACUUUGCAAGUUUUGGUAUGUGUCAGUUUGGAUGUAAAUGCUUAAUGUUGAAUGUUAAUGCUCAAAUGUUAAGAAGUUAAAGUUUGUAGCGGUUGUUCAUGUCUUUUCUUUCCACAUUUUUAGAAUAAUUGUACUAAAUAGUACUGUGGUUAUUGGCAGGAAAGAAGAGUCAAAAGAACCCCUUCAAAUGAUACCAAUACAUAUGUCAAGCAAGUUCGUGCUUCAUGCCUGCCUAACAAAUUGCACAUAUGUUAUAGAUUGUUUUAAAGAAUUUGUGUAUCAAUGUGUUGAUACACAUUGCUAGAUCUCCCUACAUAUCACAUCAUGAAAUUUGUAUAGUAUUGGCUUAGUCCUAUGUUACAGAAACAACUUUGGGGAGUGGGUUCGCUAGAAAAUUCUGUAAAUCUUUUUUUCUGAAAAAUUGUUGACUAUUUUGGUUUUUAUUAUUGGUCUAAGCUUUUGCUAAAGAAACCGCCGUGUCUGUCUUGCGCUGCCAAAUCCACCUUGGUUGAAAUGUUCUAACUCCUGUUUUAUGUCUUCUGGUCUGAAUCUCUGGAAAUCCAUUUGCUUUGUUUGUUAUCAUCGAGCCAAUUCCUGUUUCUAUUAGAUAGUCGUUAUAGUGGUGUGUACAUCUUGGAAAUGUAAAUAAUAGCAUGUCUGUGGAAUCAUUCCUGCAUAGGUUUACACAUAUUAAUAUGUAUUUAUUUUGAGAAAAUGGAAAAAUCCCAUCCAUUUAAAAAAAAUGUUUUGCAUAUCUAUUGGUUGAAACCUAAACUGCUUUAAUAGCCUGCCAUCUAGUGUUUGCUGGGCACUUCUGCAAUUUAAUAAAUUAAGAAUUGUUUAAUCGUUACUUUAAUUCAGCAGCUUUACAUGUUACUUUUUUUUUUUGGCAAUGAAUAUAACUGUAAACUGGUACAAAUGCAGUGGUUUCUGUUCUUAAUCAGUAACAAAAGUAAAAAAAAAAUCUGCACUGGUCACCAUUAUCAAAAAAGGACAUGUGAAUGAGGAUAUUCAGGGUAUAUCUUCUCUUAAAUUGCUUGCUUAGUGAUACACUUGAGAAAACAUAUUGGAUGGCUCAGUAAGCCUGCUGUUUUUGUUCUGAACUGACUACAUAUUCAUGUAUCCUGUUCCCAUACUUUAGCUUUUCACUACGGCUGCUUUCCUGAGAAGCAUAGAAUGGCAAUUUACCGCAGUUGUGUUUUUACCCUCUUUCUGCCCCUUCAAUAAUCUUGUUCAGCAGGGAAGAAAUUCAGUUUUCAAACAGUGGAGGCCUACAGUUUUAUAUCUGUCUAGCCAUGGGCUCAUCUUGGGCCACGUGAGAUUUUGCUGAAGUUGCUGUAUUGUGUGCCUUUUAUUUCCCCCCCAUCUUAGUUCUGUAAGACCCCGAAAGUUUUGCUUGCGAGUUUUUCAAAUCUUACGUUGUGGAUGCAGAUUUCUCUUGAUAUGCUAUUUCAGUUUCUUCAGUGGUUCAAUGUCAACUAUUGAUGUUUGUAGACAAAUUAUAGUUCUCCCUUAAUCUCUUAUGGUAAAGUGUCAGUAGAAUACAUUUUUAGUGUUUUCAUACUCCUGCCUUAUCUUAUUAUGGCACAUAACUCUUGUAUGUGCAUUUUAUGACUGAGAACGUCACAGGGAAGGCAACUUGUUUGAUUUAUGGAGACAGGUAAAAAAUAACACACCAUCUUUUCGAAGGGCAGAUGUAUUUUAAGGCAGACUUACCUUUAUUCCACAAUCCUGCCCGCAUUUUUCUUCUGCAGCCCAGUUCUUUUUUUAAAUACCAAUUUUUUAAUAGACUUACUCUACAGAAAUUAUAUCCUUCAUUUUCAUUUGGAAAACUAAUUCCUGAAUUUGACACAAUCUAAAGGAAGAAUGAGGUGUUAUACCUGAAAAAAGAUGGGGAAACAGCCCAUUUUACAUGUUUAUUCCUAAUGGGGUUAUAUUAGAUGAUAUAUGAACAUUUAUGGCUGGACUGUAGGCUUGAGGUGAUGUCUCCUGAACAUUACAGGAAAAUUUUAGGUUCUCUACAGAAAUUUAAUCCAGGUUGAAGAUGCUGUUCUUAUUCCUGUGCUCUUUUUUCAACACUGUAAGGUUAUAUCAUGGAUGAAAAUACAUGAUUUUUUAGUAUGUAUAUGUUGGUGUUGCCCCUUAGUCUUGUAUAACUGUGCUUUCUUGUUUUAUGCCUCUGUGUUAAUUGCAUAUAACACAGAAAGAGAACUUGCAUCCUUAAGUAUUGUACAGGAUAUCCCAGACUCAGCUUGUCGGAAUGGAAAUCUUAGUGUAGCUUAUUUGUGCAGUGAUAGAGUAAGAAAUGCAGAAAGGCCUGCCUAGGGAACAUAAUUUAAGUCUCAGAAUCGGUCUUAUGAAAUCAGUUUAGGUAAAAAUCUAAAACAGCCCUCCCUAGCAAGUUGCCUUGGUCUUUAAACUCCCAGAAUUCAUUUCCAACAUUCCCAGAAGUACCCUGAUUAGAAAUUUCAUUCAGCAUGUAACUGACCAUAAACGUUAGAACUGCAGUGCCUAGCAGAAGUCUACCUGGAACAAGUAUUUCUGUUUAUUUUCAGAAAAUUGGGAAUGGGGCUUUCUAACUUAAGUCAGGUUUAGAUACGCUGUAUUAACUGCCAACCUUUUCUUCUAAACCAUUGCAUGUCAUAAUGAAGGCAAUGACUGUUGUUACCAUUGUGGUUCUGCUACCCUUUUUACUGUAUUUGAAUGUACUUGUGUGGAAAGUCUUGUACAUUGCUGAAUUGAUUGUAAAUGCCAAUUACACUUACUGAUAAUGGAAAGUAUUGUUACAAGGAAAGUGCAUGCCUGUAUAGCUUGACUGAGAUUUUGUCAUCUCACUCCCACAUGCUCCUAUUUGAUCUCAAAGUGGAUAUAUCUUACCUAAUUUAUCAUUUAUUUCGCACUAGAAUGUGUUAUAUGGUAGCCAUACAGCUUUCAGUGGAUAAAAAUUGAAAUUUUACAUGAAAUUAACACAACUAUUUUGUGUUAGUUUUGAAGGUAUUGAAAGUGAGAUACAUCAUGCUCUUUGUCUUUUUUUUAAAAUAGAAGCAAAUUUUCAGAAUGUUUUAAUACAUUUAUGAAUAUAGUUUUACUAGUUGUGCAGUAUUCUGUAUUUUACUUGAAAUAAAUCAUUUUAUAUGCAAUUUGUUAGUAUGAUUAGUUUUACAAAUAAAAUGGAAUGACACUUUG